AUGCCUUCUUCUAAUCCUAUCAAUAUUCGGACUGAUUUGGUCUUUCGACCGGUGUCGGGGGAAAACGGCAAUGCCUCCCCUAAAUCUUCAGCGACACAGAGUACAAGGCACAAGCAUACGCGAUCCUCGUACUCGGAAAGCUCGCCUAUUACGGCCAUGUCGAGAAAUAACUCGCUGACUUAUCGGCCCUUAAAACGAUCGACACCCUCGCCAGAUAAGACUAUUGCCAUUAUAAAUGCAAGUGGUAGACAGGCCGCCUCAUUAAUUCGCAUAGCUACUGCUGUAGGUUAUAAAGUCCGCGCGCAAUUGCGCAACCUAGAGGGAGUCAUAGCGACUGAAGUCGCAACGAAUCCGAAUGUCACAGUUUUCGUCGGGGAGCUUUAUAUUCGAAAUAAACCAGAUGACAAGAGGGAUGUCACCGUCCACGGACACCUGCCCGGGAUUUUGGUUAAUCACGGCCUGAUUUCACAGCUCUUCAACGGCGCGCAGUUAGCCUUUAUCAACACCACUUUCUACGGCAAUGAGAUACAGAUUGGGGAAGCGAUUGCGGACGCUGCCAAGAAGGCCGGCGUCCAACAUUACGUGUAUUCGUCUAUGCCCGAUCACGCCGCUUAUAAAUCGGAUUGGCCCUCGCUACCGCUAUGGGCGGCUAAACAUGAGGUGGAAAAGUAUGUGCGAAAAAUAGGACUACCGGCUACUUUUAUCUAUACCGGCAUCUAUAACAACAACUUUACGUCGCUUCCGUACCCGCUGUUCUGCAUGGAAUUGCAGAAGGAUGGUUCCUUCAUAUGGCAAGCUCCGUUCCAUCCAAACGCUAAACUUCCUUGGCUGGAUGCCGAACACGACGUCGGCCCAGCCAUCAUCCAGGUAUUUAAAGACGGCCCGGAAAAAUGGACCGGAAAACGUAUAGCACUGGCCUACGAAUACUUAACGCCGCUAGAAGUCUGCAAGGCAUUCGAGGAGGGAAUCGGAAGACGCGUCCGGUAUAAACGUGGAGCCAUCGACCUCAAGGUCAAAAUUCCGGAAGGUUAUCGGGAACAACUUGAAGCACUGCAAAAGCUCUUCUCCCCACGUAAUAAUGACCCCACGAAGCAACCGCCCUAUUUUGGAGAUGCGGAAUUAGAGAAGAAAUGCCCCGAUGACGCCUUAAGGUUAUGGGAAGGGCCGAGAGGGCUAGAAGAAUACGCACGUGAGAUAUUUCCGUUGGAAGAAGAGGCCAACGGGAUGAUAUGGAUGCGUGAGGGUCUAGAUGCACCACUUGAAGGACCUGGGGAGAUUAAUGAAGACGUGGAAAACGACGAGGCAGAUGAGGAUGGGGACGAUGAGUCUAUAGACGAAGGCUUGAUAAUGAGAGGACUCAAACGAGACGAGGAAUCAUGGCUGGCAUAG